UAGGCUAACUGUAGGAAGAAAAGUUAGUCAAGAUGGCAAAACACACAGAUGCAGUGUGAAGGGGCACCGCUCCCCACAAUUGUAAACUUUGUUGCGCCCGGUCCUGCGACCAACACCACGGAUGCAGUUGUGCCUAGAAAUCUAAGGGGGAUCCCUGUGGAAAAUGCCAACAAGGGUAACGCUGGUGUGACAGCGCAGAGUGCAGGAGGAAAGCCGACUCUCCUGUCUGAAUGUUAACACCCCUUGGUGCAGAUGCACCUAGGAGAGCACCUUGCCACCGCUCCCCUCAAGCUGAAGCUACACCUGCAAUUCUAAAAGCCUGGAUGAUUCUACGCCACUUGAACUGAGUACAACAGCUCAAACCCCUCAUGCUAAAAGUACAUAUUGCUGUGCCACUAUACAUCAACAACAGAAACUGGCAAAAAGAAGAGCACAUCCAACACAAGCUUUGACCAAAGUUGAACCACUAGAGCACCAAGUUAAUUCAAUUGACUCGCGACACCAGGGGGGUCACUAACUGGUUUCCCUGUUCUGCCUGGUGCCUGUGCCGUAGACCAUGAUGUUUCGCGACCAGGUGGGCAUCCUGGGCAGCUGGUUUAAGGGGUGGAACGAGUGUGAGCAGACGGUGGCUCUGCUGUCGCUGCUGAAGCGGGUGUCGCAGACCCAGGCCCGUUUCCUGCAGCUGUGUCUGGAGCACAGCCUGGCCGAUUGCACCGAGCUCCACGUGUUGGAGGGAGAGGCCAAUAACCCAGUGAUGAUCAGCCAGUGGCAGGGCGAGCCCAAGGAGCGCGUCAUCUCCCUGGUCCUCACCCACCUGCCCCUGCUCAAGCCGGGCAACGUCGAAGCCAAGGGCGAGUACAUGCGCCUCCUCCCCCGCAUCCUGGCACACACCAUCGAGCACGGCCGCCAUCUGGAAGAGUCGCGUCAGCUCCUCUCCUACGCCCUCAUCCACCCGGCCACCUCGCUGGACGACCGCGCCGCUCUCGCCCUCUGGCUCAAUCACCUGGAGGAGCGCGCCGCCGCCCGGGGCGACUCGUUGGAACGGCCGCCCCCCUCCCCGGCCUCGCACCACCAGACGCCCCCCUCGACGCUCUCCUCGUCGGGUUCCAGUUUGGGAUCUUCUGGGGGCCACCUGAGUCACCUGUAUCACCACCAGCGCUACGGUUCAGACGAUCGGCUCAACGGCUGGCAGGGGUCGAGGGACUCUGGGUUGGGCAGCGGAUGGCAGGGGCAGGGAGGGUGUGAGAAUGGUGGGCACCUGGCUCUCUACCCGUCCUCGUCGGUACCCGGGAGCAUCAACACGGUGGGCACGGGCGGCAGCAGCAACACCAUCCUGUCUGGCGGUGGCGGCGGGCAGCACAGUCCCCUGAAGCGUUCGGUGUCCCUCACCCCCCCGAUGAGUGAGGGCUCCUUGGCCGGUUCCUCCUCCUUGGGCCUGGGUUUGGGUCACGGCUGGCUCUCCCAGGAGGACCUGCGCGGGCCCCGGGGAGGAGGAGGGCUGGGGCUGGCCCCCACCGACCCCCACCACGCACCCCUCUCCCCCCAAAGCAGCGUAGCGUCGUCAGGCAGCGGCGGCAGCGAGCACCUGGAGGACGCAGGUCUAGGAGGAGGAGGUUGCUGUGGAGGAGGCUUGCACCGCAGCAGAACAUUUCACAAGGAGGGCAGCGGCAUGAGGGAUGUGCCGGCCUGGCUGAAAAGCCUCCGUCUCCACAAGUAUGCGGCUCUCUUCUCCACCAUGACGUACGACGAGAUGAUGUCACUGACCGAACAGCAGCUGGAAUCACAGAAUGUCACCAAAGGGGCGCGCCACAAGAUAGUCAUCAGCAUCCAGAAACUGAAGGAGCGCCAGAACAUGCUGCGCUGCCUAGAGAAGGACGUGUUGGAAGGGAGUAACCUGCGCGCCCCUCUCGCCGAGCUCCACCAGAUGAUCCUGACGCCCAUCAAGGCGGUGGCCAGCGAUGAGUCGUCCCCCUCCUCGCCCGCGCAGCGACCCCUGUUGAGCCCUGAGGGGAAGAGCAGCGCCGCCCCGGGCUCUCACCUGGCCCCCGGAGGAGGGGAAGGGGAAACUGGAACCACCGUCAUCGCGGAGGGGGACAUCCCCGGCCAGUUCACCCGCGUCAUGGGCAAAGUUUGCACACAGCUCCUGGUGUCCAGGCCAGAUGAAGAGAACAUCAGCUCCUAUAUGCAGCUCAUUGACAAGUGCCUUCUGCACGAGGCGUUCACUGAGACACAGAAGAAGCGGCUGUUGUCAUGGAAACAGCAGGUGCAGAAGCUGUUCCGCUCGUUCCCCAGGAAGACCCUCCUGGACAUGGCGGGCUACCGGGCGCAGAGGAGCAGCAGCAGUAGCCGGGGCUUCGGCCAGUCCAACUCUCUCCCCACGGCGGGCUGCGUGGGGGGCAGCAGUAGCGUGUCGGCCCGCCGGAGCCUGCGCCAGUUCCAGAUGCCCUCACGGAGCCUGCCCGGCGCCAGGCUUGGCCUGCUGGGCACCGCUGGCCUCCUGGGACCCACGCCACGCAGCGCCAGCAGCACCCCGACCGGUCUCAAGCAGGGACGACAGGGUUUAUGGUUUGCCAACCCCGGGGGCAGUAAUAGCAUGCCCAGCCGGACCCACAGCUCAGUGCAGAGGACCCGCUCCCUGCCUGUCCACACCACGCCACACACCAUGGUCAUGUUUCAGCAGUCUGAUCUCCAAGUGCCGGUGACGGAACCAGACAUCAACAACCGGCUGGAGUCUCUGUGCUUGAGUAUGACAGAGCAUGCCCUGGGAGAUGGAGUCGACCGCACAUCCACCAUCUGAGAGUAGGACCUGAAGGAGACCCGGGGACAAAGAGCUGGAACAAAAAUGCUCGCCGUGUCUUUCCUACC